UCAUUUUCGUGCACCGCCGCUUCCGGUCGGCGUGAGCGGUCGGUGGCCGCAGGCUUAGGAUAUUCGCGUGGUGCCUUGAGUUCCUUUUCAAGUCGCCCUCCCUCCUCCGGAACCAUGGCCACCGACUCGUGGGCCCUGGCGGUGGACGAGCAGGAAGCGGCUGUCAAGUCGAUAAGCAGUUUGCAGAUCAAGGAAGAGAAAGUCAAACCAGAAACCAAUGGUGUUGUCAAAACCAGUACCCCAGCAGAGAAGGCAGAUGAAGACGAGAAAGAGGACAAAGCUGCCCAGUCCUUGCUCAACAAGCUGAUCAGAAGCAACCUUGUGGAUAACACAAACCAAGUGGAAGUCCUACAGCGGGAUCCCAACUCCCCCCUCUACUCUGUGAAGUCUUUUGAGGAGCUCCGGCUGAAACCACAGCUUCUCCAGGGAGUAUAUGCCAUGGGCUUCAAUCGACCAUCCAAGAUCCAAGAGAAUGCAUUACCCAUGAUGCUUGCUGAACCCCCACAGAAUCUCAUCGCCCAGUCUCAGUCUGGUACUGGGAAAACAGCUGCUUUCGUCCUGGCCAUGCUUAGUCGAGUGGAACCAGCAGACAGACACCCUCAGUGUCUGUGCCUCUCCCCAACAUACGAGCUGGCACUUCAAACCGGUAAAGUGAUUGAGCAGAUGGGCAGAUUUCAUCCGGAACUAAAGCUUGCUUAUGCUGUUCGAGGCAACAAAUUGGAAAGAGGGCAGAAGAUCAGUGAGCAGAUUGUCAUUGGCACCCCAGGGACUGUCCUGGACUGGUGCUCCAAACUCAAGUUCAUUGACCCCAAGAAGAUCAAGGUGUUUGUUCUGGACGAGGCUGACGUGAUGAUAGCCACUCAGGGCCACCAGGAUCAGAGCAUCCGCAUCCAGAGGAUGCUGCCCAGGAACUGCCAGAUGCUCCUUUUCUCUGCGACCUUUGAAGACUCUGUGUGGAAGUUUGCCCAGAAAGUGGUCCCAGACCCAAACGUGAUCAAACUGAAGCGCGAGGAGGAGACUUUGGAUACCAUCAAGCAGUACUACGUCCUGUGCAACAACAGAGAUGAGAAGUUCCAAGCCCUGUGCAACCUGUAUGGGGCCAUCACCAUCGCUCAGGCCAUGAUCUUCUGCCACACCCGCAAAACAGCCAGCUGGUUGGCAGCAGAGCUGUCAAAGGAAGGCCACCAGGUGGCCCUGCUGAGUGGAGAAAUGGUGGUGGAGCAGAGAGCAGCUGUGAUUGAGCGCUUCCGAGAGGGCAAAGAGAAGGUUCUGGUGACCACCAACGUGUGUGCCCGCGGUAUCGAUGUUGAACAAGUGUCUGUCGUCAUCAACUUUGAUCUUCCCGUGGACAAGGAUGGGAACCCAGACAAUGAGACCUACCUGCACCGGAUCGGGCGCACCGGCCGCUUUGGCAAGAGGGGCCUGGCCGUGAACAUGGUUGACAGCAAGCACAGCAUGAACAUCCUGAACAGAAUCCAGGAGCAUUUUAAUAAGAAGAUAGAAAGACUGGACACGGAUGAUUUGGAUGAGAUUGAGAAAAUAGCCAACUGAGAAGUUCUGCCUGUCACUUGUGUCCACCCUUGGCACAGGCCCUGCUGGGAGAUGAGAGCUUUCACAGCCAAGACCUUGACUGUCACCGAGAAGACGGCGCGUGUAGAAACUACCUACCUCAUUUUAAAUUACGUUUGGACUUGACAAAAAUUUGUGCAAAUGAUGGGGGGAAUUGAAUGAAUAGUCUGCAUUUUGGAAAUGGUCCUUUUUUUAAACACUCAAUUUCCUCAUCUUUAUAGUAAUUGGUUGCUACUGAUAAUCACUGGCCCCAGGACUCCCUGCCUAUUUUUCUGUCAGGGGGUGUUGGGUGUUCUGUGAAGAAACAACAGAGGUAGAGGUGGUAUGGGAGAACCUGGCAGGACACGGGUGUGAAUUACCAGCAUGCUGAGCGUGGGACAUGGCAGCAGAGCAGCCCCUGAGCUGCGUUUCUUGUGUCCUGACCCUGACACCAUCUUCCUUCUAAUAACCUGAGAAAACCCUAAUUUCCCUUUUUACUUCUCUUGUUUCUGACAAAAGCUCUCCCUGUUUCUCCCUGGUGAACAUCUUGGCUACUGUUUUGUAAGCGAUCUGGAGAGAAACACAGAUGUCAGUGAAUCUAGCUGUUCACAUGAGAUUGUUCUGGCAGGGGCAAACGAAUCCUUGGAGGGUCUGGGCCAUCCUCCUGCUGCUCCUUCCAGCUACUCCAUCUGCUCAGGGCCCUGGUCCUCAGUCAUAGCAGCCAGGAGGCACCGGUUAGUUUUCUGAACACAUGUCUGGCUGAGUUCUUAUCUGGGGGGAUCAGACAGUACCUGAGGCUUAGCAUCGCCUUGGAAAGGAAGUUACAACCAAGUAAAAAAGUGUGUGCCGUUCAUCCAGAGCAGAAGACUUUGUGUGUUCUUUUACAUUGUAUGAAUAUGGAUGGAGAAAUUAUAGCUAUAUAUGCAUCAUUUGUUAGAAAUUUUAAUCAUGAGAUACGCUUUACUAAUCAUGACUUGGUUUUAUUUCUGUUCUGCUUAUAAGACUAAAAUAUGCUCAUUAAAAAUGUGUGUGUGU